CCUCGGGGGAAGGACCUGGGGCCUGGAGUUGCUGGGGCAUCUUUCUGCUCUGUGGGUUAUACACGCCCCUGGAAAUGGGUAGAAUGCUAAGGGUAACUGGCCUCAGGCAGUCCAGUGUCCUUAAGGACUCCUUCCUGCCUAGGUCUGCACAGGAGCUGCUUAUACACAUGUUCACAUGCCCCUGGGGUGGGUGAGGGCUGCAGGGCUCUGUUCUUCUGAAAGAAGAAACAAGCUGGGAGAGGGUUUGCUUAGGCCUCUGGAUGGGCUUUGAGGCCAUGUAUGACCUCUGUUUCUUGGUCCCAUAGAUUGCAGACAGACCAGGAACCAGGCCCCCUACCCCAGGGCAACUGGGCCCUUGAUGGCUACUCCAGCCCUCCCAGCAGGACUGAGGACAGCUUCUCCUGCAUCGUGCCUGCAGACGCGCGGAUCGUCCAUGCGCUCCUCGCGGGCAGAAUGCUGGGCAGCAGCGUCAAGAGCGUGCAGCCCGAGGUGGAGCUGAGCGGCAGCGGCGGCGACGAGGGCGCGGACGAGCCACGGGGAGCCAGCAGGAAGGCUGCAGCGGCGGAAGGCAGAGGCAUGCUGCCCAAGCGCGCCAAGGCGCCGGGCAGUGGAGGCGGUAUGGCCAAGGCCAGCGCGGCUGAACUGAAGGUCUUCAAGUCCGGCAGCGUGGACAGCCGUGUCCCCAGCGGCCCACCCGCCUCCAACCUCCGCAAACAGAAGUCGCUCACCAACCUCUCAUUUCUUACGGACUCCGAGAAAAAGCUGCAGCUCUAUGAGCCCGAGUGGAGCGAUGAUAUGGCCAAGGCACCCAAGGGUUUGGGCAAGAUGGGGUCCAAGGGCCGCGAGGCUCCGCUGAUGUCCAAGACACUGUCCAAGUCAGAACACUCGCUUUUCCAGGCCAAGGGUGGCCCAGCGGGUGGCACUAAGACCCCCCUGGCUCCGCUAGCGCCCAGCCUGGGAAAACCAAGCCGGAUCCCGCGCGGACCCUAUGCAGAGGUCAAACCUCUAAGCAAGGCUCCUGAGGCGGCGGUGAGCGACGACGGCAAAUCGGAUGAUGAGCUGCUUUCUAGCAAGGCCAAGGCGCAAAAGGGCUCCGGGCCUGUGCCCUCCGCAAAGGGCCAGGAGGAGCGCGCCUUCCUCAAGGUGGACCCAGAGCUUGUGGUAACCGUGCUGGGGGACCUGGAGCAGCUGCUCUUCAGCCAGAUGCUGGGCUGCCGUGCCUCGGAGCUCUCACGGGCCGUGCUGUGGCCAUGGGAGGACGGCGUUGAGGCCUGGAGCCCUGGCGAGCAGCCGUGGCUGCGGUACUUGUUGCGGUGGCUAGGAUGUGCGUCCUCAGGCACCGCGCCAAGGGACCCGAGUUUCCCCGGUAUCCUGCAGGCUGCCAGCCCUGCUGGGGGCUGGGAAGGGGCGGGGCCGAGUGAUGGGCAGCGGUCCGUUGCAGUGGGGCUGGAGGUGGCUGAAGGGAGCUCUGAUAAGGUGCAGGGCCUGCAGGAAGGGCCAGGCAGCCAGACCCAGCUCACUGCCCUGCAUGGGCAGGGCUCCCUUGUAGGCCCCUUGACUGUCUCCAGGCAGACACCACCUCCCACACCUUCCCUCACACUGCUUCUCCUGGAGCAGGACAUCAGAGCCUCCUGGGUUCAGUUCUACUUCAUCCAGUGA